AUGGAUGACUGUUAUUGUUCUAUGGAUGCAAAUAACGAUAAUUCAGGAGUAGACUUGACCUUGGUUGAUUCAUAUGCUCCUAGGGAUGGAACUGAAGAUGAAAAUGAAUUUCAUCUACAAGAUGACACAAUAGGGAUGUCUUCAGGCGAUCUUCAAGUUGUCGCCACAAAGGAUAAAGAUGUUCUGGUUGGAUUGACUGCAACUUCUAAGCAAGACGCCUUUUUUAUGUAUAAUGAUUAUGCAAAGGAAGAUAGAUUCCGUAGUAAUGGAAAGCAAUAUUAUAGGCAAACAACUAAAGGUGUAAAAUCCAUAAACAUUAUAUUAUACCUAUGUUCGAACACUGGGGUGAAGAAAGACACAAACAAGAAUAAUAAGUUGCACUCAAACGUCAAUGUUUGUACAGAUUGUCAAGCACGAAUAAAGUUCAAUGCAGAUGAAAAUGGAAUUUGGAGAGUUACAAAGCACGAGAAAAGUCAUAACUAUAGUUUGUGCCAUGACUCCCAACGACAAUUUCUGCGUUCACAAAGGGUAAUGACUAAAAAGAUGGUCAAAUAUCUUCAUGACAUGAAGGCAAGUCGAAUUCCUUUUGUCUAUGACAAUCGGAGAUCUUAA